CCUAAUUUAAUGCUUAUUGAACCUGUUCAAUAGGAUACGAUUUAUGAUAUUUCAUUUAAUUAAAAUGGUAGUAGAUUUGCAAUCGCAUCUAGUGAUUAAAUAUUAAGAAUCUUUGAUAAAGUUGAUGGGUAUAAUUCAGCUAUAAAUAUUAGAAAGUGGGAAAAGAGUUCAGAUUUUAAAUAUACUUUAAGUAUCGCAGUUAAAGUAAGAUGGGCUGAUCCUAAAUAUGGAUAAUUGAUAGCUAUUUCAAGUCAAAAUAAAGAGAUUAAAGUUUGGGAAGAAAAGAAAUAAUUCUAAGAAAACUCUAAUGGAUAUAAGUAAACUAUAACUUAGUGGAAAUAAAGAUCUCUGAUGUUAGAAAAGACUGAAUUAAUAGCUGAUAUUUAAUUUGGUUCUAAAGUCAAUGGUCUUCUUUUAGUUAUAGCAUUUGUUGAUGGAAUUAUUUAAGUUCAUAGGUUUAUUGAAAACAAUCAAUUCAAAUUAGAAGGUGAUGAUACUUUUAUUAUGCCAUUUGGAAUUAGAUCAUUAUCAUGGAAUUAUUCUCCAACAGAUAAAGAUAUGUGUGUAUUUGCAGGAAAUGCUGAAAAAAAUAGAUAUAUGAAGUCAAAACAUGAUACAUAUAACAGUUAAAAAAUAAAAACAUUAGCUAUUUGGGUGCUUUAGCAUGAAACUUAAAAAUUAUCAUUCAUUAAAUUUUUUGAAUUUGAUGAAGAAAAUACUGUUUUUGAUUCUUAAUGGGCAAAUUAAAAUGGUAAAUCAUUCCAUUUAAUUGCUUUUGCUACAUAAGAAGGAGCAAAAAUAUGGCAAUUUAGGUUCAUAGGUGAAUCAUAAGUUGAAAAGCAAAAGUUAAUACUUAUUAAUUAGGAUUCAUAAUAAAUUAAUCCUGCAUAUAAAGUAUAAUGGAAUUCCUUAUCAAAUUCACUUAUUGUUUCUUAUGAACUAAUAAAUGUAGAUGAUUAAAAAUAGAAUACUACCAGAGAUAUUAAAGUUUUUCAAUUAAAAAAUGGAAAUUGGAUUACUAAGACCACAACUUCUGAACCUAAUUUAAUUAAUGAAAUCUAAUCUCUACUCAGUUAGCCAUUGGUUUAGUAAAAUGCAUGAAUAAUUUUUUAAAAACGAUUGAUU